UUUCUCGUUCAGCUGGCCAAGAUGCCAAAAGGGAAGAAGGCCAAGGGGAAGAAGGUGGCUCCGGCCCCUGCUGUAGUAAAGAAGCAGGAGGCCAAGAAAGUGGUCAAUCCUUUGUUUGAGAAGCGGCCCAAGAACUUUGGCAUUGGUCAGGACAUCCAGCCCAAAAGGGACCUUACUCGUUUUGUCAAAUGGCCUCGGUACAUCAGACUGCAGCGUCAAAGGUCUAUCCUUUAUAAGCGUUUGAAAGUUCCACCGGCAAUUAACCAGUUCACCCAGGCUUUGGAUCGUCAGACAGCUACUCAGCUGCUGAAACUGGCUCAUAAGUAUAGACCUGAGACAAAGCAAGAUAAGAAGCAAAGGCUUCUGGCUCGGGCUGAACAAAAGGCUGCAGGCAAAGGAGAUGUCCCCACUAAGAGACCACCUGUCCUGAGAGCAGGUGUUAACACUGUUACUACCCUGGUAGAAAACAAGAAAGCACAGUUGGUAGUGAUUGCACAUGACGUGGACCCCAUUGAGCUAGUGGUCUUCCUACCUGCCUUGUGCCGAAAAAUGGGGGUUCCUUAUUGUAUUAUCAAAGGUAAAGCCAGACUGGGUCGCUUAGUUCACAGAAAGACCUGCACAAGCAUUGCCUUCACACAGGUUAAUCCUGAAGAUAAGGGAGCCCUGGCUAAGCUGGUAGAAGCCAUCAAAACCAAUUACAAUGACAGAUAUGAUGAGAUCCGUCGUCACUGGGGUGGCAAUGUUCUGGGUCCAAAAUCGGUGGCUCGUAUUGCCAAGCUGGAAAAGGCAAAAGCUAAGGAACUUGCAACCAAAUUGGGUUAAAUGUAUAUUUGAUUUUUCCCUACAUAAAAA